UCAGUUUUCGACUAGUAUCAUUAGCACGCAACCUUAAUUAAGAUAAGAUUGCAAACCAUACCCAACUUCAGUUGAAUGCGAACCUGCAACACAGUCGGACGUGAUAGUGUUUAGAGUCUAGCAAAAUGGUCUGCCUCCUUAGGAGUAUUACGUUUACUUUAGCUAUGUGUGUUCUCCUACGGCUAGCCCAAUCCUCCAAUAUACUGGCCAUAGCCGCCUACACCUUCCCCUCGCCCUACCUAGUAUGGACACCAUAUUUACGAGCACUUGUCGAGCGAGGCCAUCAAGUGACAAUGGUAUCCAGUGUAGGGGUGCUUGAUGACAUUGAGGGAGUGAGGCAUAUACGCCUGCCACAGUUGGAUAAAACAAUUAAUGGUAUCAUGAAUGCCGAAAUUUCCAGCGACUUCUUGACGAACAAAUGGAUAGAAAGUGCAUUGGGCUCCGCCUUUUUGUACAACAUCACCUAUGCGAUAUUAAGUGACAAGGACUUUCAACAGUUUUUAACAAAUAAAAGUGAACACGUUGACCUCAUCGUCCUGGAGCCACUACACACGUACGCCCUCUUUAGUCUUUCGGAAUACUAUGAUGCCCCGCUUGUGGGAUUGGCUCCCUUUGGUCCACAUUGGAUUACUGAAUAUCUUUUGGGCAACGUCUCGCCCUCGGUUUACGAACCAGUCUCCCCAAUGGGCUAUUCCCAUGGCACUGACUUUUGGAGCAAGUGGCAAAACUGGUGGCAUAUUACUGAAGAAUGGCUUUUGGAGUGGAUUAUGUUUUGGCCCGGUCAGGUGGAGCUUUCCAAGAAAUUCUUUGGUCAUCCCCCGCCCAAUGGUCAUGGCGCAUUUUCAUUGAUAUUAAUUAACCAUCAUUUCAGUAUGGGUCAUGUGAGAUCGAAUGUGCCAAACAUUAUUGAAGUAGCUGGGCUACAUCUGAGUCGGCCAGCAGCCCCUUUGGAUGCUGCCCUGCAACGUUUUCUCGACGAGGCCGAGUUUGGUGUCAUCUACUUCUCAAUGGGUUUGGAGAUCCUAUCAAAAUGGCUACCCAUGAAUUUGCAAAAACCACUGUUAAGAGUAUUCGCACAGCUCAAGCAGCGGGUUGUCUGGAAGUAUGAGCUGGAAACAUUACCAAAUAAGUCAGACAAUAUCUUUAUAAGUCAGACGGUGCCGCAGCGUCAGCUCCUGGCCCAUCCCAACGUCAAGCUAUUUAUCACACACGGUGGCCUAUUGGGGAUCAUAGAGUCGAUAUGUUAUGGUGUUCCUAUGCUGGGACUACCAGUGUACUUCGAUCAGUUCAAGAAUAUGGAACGUAUGCGAAGGGCAGGCAUCGCUGAAAACUUAGACACCAACUCCAUUACCGAAGAGCAACUAACUGAAACUAUCCACAAGAUAUUAGAGGAACCACGAUACACAGACAAGGCCAAGCAAAUGUCCAGUCAUUUAGCCGAUCAACCAAUGAGUCCACUGGAUAGUGCUGUAUGGUGGACCGAUUAUGUGCUGCGGCACAAGGGUGCACCACACAUGCGACUGGACCAAGAGAGUAUAUCGUUUGUUCGAUACUAUAAAAUCGAUACUUUCGCUUUGGUAAUCAGCCGAUUUGCAUUGAUUGCAAUAAUUCUUAUUUUAUUAUGUGUGAUUUUAAUUAAAAAACUUAGAGGUAGGUUACUUAGAUGAUUUAUUAGUUGCUAUUAUGAUAAGGUAAUUUAAACUCUAAUUGUGAUAAGCAUAGAUCAACGAAGCAGGCAAAAGUAGACUUCACGUAUAUUGGUUAGUUUAUAUUUCUACAAAAAUGUGUUGCAUACUUUUAGAAUUAAUUACUCUUACAAUUAGAUUAAACAUUUUUAAAAUCUUUUUGUAAACGCCAAGUUGAAGCAA